CGGUGUCAACUGUCAGCCCAUGUGGCGUGGCCAUAGAGCAUGGUAGACAUUUAAAUGAAAGAGGUAGGGAGGCAAAGCAGAGAGAGUCAUUUUUUUUGGGCAAGCCUAGAUAAUCGCAAAGGGUUAGUUCGUCCCAUGUCACCGGGAGCCUAGGCACACACAGAUUUUGGGAUACCGAGUGGAAUAUAGGUCAGCUCAGGCUCUCCUGACACUGAAUGUACAUUUAUUCAAAGUACUGUAGAACCAUCGUUCAACUACUGCGACUGAAACUCUCACCCUCUCGUCAUGGAGGAGAUCGUCAUAGCUGGAAUUUCGGGUCGGCUUCCCGAGUCGAACAAUUUGGAAGAAUUUUGGCAGAACCUUUUUAAUGGUGUCGACAUGGUCACAGAGGAUGACAGAAGAUGGAAGCCAGGUCUGUACGGGCUUCCCCGCAGAAAUGGAAAACUCAAAGAAAUAGACAGAUUUGACGCAGGCUUCUUUGGCGUUCAUCCCAAACAGGCCCAUACCAUGGAUCCACAGCUGAGGCUUAUCCUAGAGAUAUCAUACGAGGCCAUCGUUGAUGGAGGCAUAAACCCAGUGGCCAUGCGUGGCACUAAGACUGGCGUGUACAUCGGCGUGAGUGGUUCUGAGGCAGGUGAGGCCUUCAGUAAAGACCCAGAGGAGCUGCUGGGAUACAGCAUGACGGGCUGCCAGCGUGCCAUGUUCGCCAACCGCCUGUCUUACUACUUUGACUUCAAUGGCCCCAGCACAGCUAUUGACACAGCAUGCUCCUCCAGCCUCCUGGCUCUGGAAAAUGCCUUUAAUGCUAUUCGCCACGGCCAGUGUGAUGCAGCCCUUGUGGGUGGAGUCAACCUGCUGCUCAAGCCCAAUACCUCAGUGCAGUUCAUGAAACUGGGCAUGCUCAGUCCGGAUGGAACCUGCAAGUCUUUUGACUCGUCCGGAAACGGUUAUUGUCGCUCAGAAGCUGCUGUGGCUGUUCUACUGACUAAGAAGUCCAUGGCCAAGAGGGUAUACGCCACUGUGCUCAACGCUGGCAACAAUACGGAUGGCUACAAAGAGCAAGGUGUGACAUUUCCGUCUGGGGACAUGCAGCAACGCCUGGUCCGCUCCCUCUACCAGGAAGUUAACGUCUCACCUGAGCAGGUUGAGUACAUUGAGGCCCAUGGCACUGGCACCAAGGUUGGGGACCCACAAGAAGUGAACGGUAUCGUCAGCGUCUUCUGCCAGUCACAGCGGGAACCUCUGCUUAUUGGCUCCACCAAGUCCAACAUGGGCCAUCCUGAGCCUGCCUCCGGCCUGGCCGCCCUCGCCAAGGUGAUCUUGUCCCUGGAGCAUGGCAUGUGGGCGCCCAACAUUCACUUCCACGAGCCCAACCCCGAUAUCCCGGCACUGAGAGACGGGCGCGUCAGCGUGGUCGUCGAGCCCGUCCCCGUCCGUGGCGGCAUCGUGGGCAUCAACUCCUUUGGCUUCGGGGGCUCAAACGUGCACGUGAUCCUGCGCCCGCCAGGACGUGGGCACCCCCUGCCAUCCUUACCCCCCUCUGUGCUCAGGCUGGUGCAGGCAUGCGGGCGCACUGAGGAGGCCACUGCCUCUCUCCUGAAGAAGGCACAGGAGUGCAGCCAGGAUGCGGCCUUCCUGGCCCUGCUGAAUGACGUGUCUGCGGCCCCGACCGCGAGCAUGCCCUACAGGGGCUACACGCUGAUGGGGGCCCAGGGGGAGGUGACCGAGGUCCAGCAAGCUCAGGCCACGCCCAGGCCCCUCUGGUACAUCUGCUCUGGUAUGGGGGCGCAGUGGGCUGGCAUGGGCCGCAGCCUGAUGCGGCUGCAGGACUUCUGUGACUCCAUCCUUCGCUCGGACGAGGCUCUGCGGGACACAGGGCUGUGCGUGUCGCGCCUCCUCCUGGAGGCUGACGAGAACACCUUCGAGGACACGGUGCAUGCCUUUGUGGGCCUCGCCGCCAUUCAGAUAGCGCAAAUAGAUAUGCUGCGGAGACUGGGCCUGCAGCCGCAAGGCAUCGUGGGCCACUCCGUGGGCGAGCUGGCGUGCGGCUACGCCGACGGCUCCCUCGGCCAGAGCGAGGUCAUCCUGGCGGCCUACUGGAGAGGCAGAUGCAUCAAAGAAGCCAACCUACCAGCAGGGGCCAUGGCCGCAGUGGGUCUCACCUGGGAGGAGUGCAAGGCCCAGUGUCCUCAGGGGGUGGUCCCAGCCUGCCACAAUUCGGAGGACACGGUCACGGUUUCCGGGCCACAGGAGGCUGUCAGCAAGUUUGUGGCCCAGCUGAAGGAGAGCGGCGUGUUUGCCAAAGAGGUGCGCAGUGCAGGUGUCGCAUUCCACUCCUAUUACAUGGCCUCUAUAGCACCUGCAUUGUUGGCAGCACUGCAGAAGGUGAUCAAAAGCCCACGUCCCCGCUCGGCGCGCUGGAUCAGCACAUCCAUCCCCCAGGCCGAGUGGGAGAGCCCGCUGGCCCUCUACUCCUCGGCCGAGUACCACGUCAACAACCUGGUGAGCCCCGUGCUCUUCCAGGAGGGCCUGAGCCUCGUGCCCGACAACGCCGUGGUGGUGGAGAUAGCGCCGCAUGCCCUGCUGCAGGCCAUUCUGAGGCGUAGCCUCAAGCCCACUUGUUCUAUUCUGCCUUUAAUGAAGAGGGGACAUGCCAACAACCAAGAGUUCUUCUUCUCUCAGAUAGGCAAGAUUUACAUGAAUGGUAUUAACGUGGACAGUAACCGGCUCCAUCCUGUGGAGUACCCUGUACCAGUGGGGACCCCUCUCAUCUCCCCUCUUAUCCAGUGGGACCACUCCCAAACCUGGGACGUGCCCAAGGUGGAGGACUUCCCAGCAGGCUCUGGGGGUUCCACCUCAGCCACAGUUUACAACAUUGACACAAAUCCCGAAUUCCCAGACUACUACGUGAUUGGCCACUGUAUUGACGGAAGGGUCCUGUACCCAGCCACGGGAUACCUGGUGCUGGCAUGGAGAACACUGAUGAGGAGUCUGGGCACAGUUAUGGAACACACCCCAGUCACGUUUGAGGACGUCACUAUCCACAGAGCCACCAUUCUGCCCAGGACUGGAUCUGUCCAGUUGGAGGUUGGACUCAUGCCUGCCACAAACCGCUUUGAGGUGUCCGAGAAUGGCAACUUGGCAGUCAGUGGUAAGGUGAACGUGCUGGAGGAAAAGGCACUGGACUCCUUCCUGUCUCAGAUGGCCGAACCUGUGAGCUUGGAGGUGGAGGAAGCCAAACCUCUCGAAGCCGGAGAUGUCUACAAAGAGCUACGUCUGCGCGGCUACGACUACGGCAAAACCUUCCAGGGCAUUCUGGAGUCCAGCAGUGCCGGGGAUCAUGGGAAGCUACAGUGGACGGGGAACUGGGUGACAUUUUUGGACACCAUGCUGCAGAUGAUCGUGUUGGGCCUGUCUGGCCGCAGCCUGCGUCUGCCCACCCGGAUCCGCUCGGUGUGCGUAGACCCCACGCUGCACGAGAAGAAGGUUCAGGACUACUCAGGGGAUCGCAAAGCUGUUGAUGUCCACCUCAACCGCUGCCUGGACCACAUUAAGGCCGGCGGCGUUCAAAUCUGUGGCCUCCAUGCCACCGUUGCACCCCGUCGCCAGCAGCAACAGAGCCCUCCCACUCUGGAGGAGCUUGUCUUUGUACCCUAUGUGGAGACUGAGUACCUGGGAUCUGAUGGGAAGCUGCAAGAACAGCUAAGAUGCUGCAAAAGUCUGAUUAACCAUGUCCAGAAGAAACUGGCCAGCCAGGGUGUGAAGAUCUCCAUCCCAGGGCUGGAGGGUGCGUCGGAGGGCGAGCGCGUCGGCUCGGGGACGGAGGGCGGCCUCCCGCAGCUGCUCGCUGGCCUGUGCGCUCUGGAGCUGAACGGGAACCUGCGCUCGGAGCUGAAGCAGGCUGUGCAGAAGGAGCGGGACUACCUGCUCCAGGACCCGCUCCUCAACGGCCUGUUGGACUCGCAUGCCCUGCGCCACUGCCUGGACACGGCCCUGGAGAACAGCGCCGCGGGCAAGCUCAAAGUCCUGGAGGCCCUCUCCAGCGUCGGCCACGUGUUCUCCCGUGCCGUCGGCCUCCUCAACAUCCAGCCCAUGCUGCGACUGGACUACACGGCCUCGGACAUCACCCCGGACCUGCUGGCCCCCCUGCAGAGCUCCCUGGAGGAGAAGGGCAUCUCCAGCGCCCAGUGGGACCCCGAGCAGGGGCCAGCCGCAGGGGCCCUGGCCGCCGCUGACCUGGUGGUGUGCAACUGUGCGGCAGCAGGGCCGGUGGCGAGCCCAGGUGCACUGCUGGACAACCUGGCCUCUGCUGCCAGGGAGGGGGGCUUUGUGCUGCUCCACACCCUCCUGAAGGGAGACCCGCUGGGCGAGAUGGUCGCGUUCCUCACCUCUCUGGACAGCCAGAGUAGACUGCUGACUCAGGCAGAAUGGGAGAAGCUGUUUGAACAGUCCUCUCUUAACCUGGUGAUGCUUAAGAAAUCCUUCUAUGGUUCCGUCCUCUUUCUCGGACGCAGACAGACCCCUGAGAAGCGGCCUAUGGCCGUGCCCGUAGAUUCCACUGACUACACAUGGGUAGAGUCACUAAAGAGCACGCUGGCCGAGGAAUCCGAUAAGCCAGUGUGGCUGACUGCCACCCAAGGCCAUAAUUGAGUGGUGGGUAUGGUCAACUGCCUCAGACAGGAACCCGGCGGCAGCCGCGUUCGGUGUGCUUUCGUGUCUAAUCUGAAGAAGUCCUCCACCGCUCCCUCGCUGCAGCUUACCCACAAGGACAUGCAGGCGGUUCUGCAGAAAGACCUCACUAUGAAUGUGUACCGGGACGGCCAGUGGGGGGCGUUCCGGCACCAGCUGCUCGCACAAGGUCUGCGCGAGGAGCCGACGGAGCAGGCCUACGUGAACGUGCUGACCCGUGGUGACCUGGCAUCGCUGCGCUGGAUCGCCUCGCCUCUGCGUCACUUUGUCGCCUCGAGCCCCAGCGUGCAGCUCUGCUGCGUCCACUACGCCUCCCUCAACUUCAGAGACAUUAUGCUGGCCACGGGGAAACUGCCACCAGACGCCAUUCCCGGAGACAUAGCGCUACAGCACUGCAUGCUGGGAAUGGAGUUCUCUGGCCGAGAUCCCAGCGGACGCCGUGUGAUGGGCUUGCUGCCGGCUAAAGGACUGGCCACUGUCGUGGAUGCAGACAGUCGCUUCCUCUGGGACGUCCCAUCCAGCUGGAGUCUGGAACAGGCCGCCUCUGUGCCUGUGGUCUACGCUACUGCGUAUUACUCCAUGGUGGUGCGCGGGCGUCUGCGGCCCGGCGAGAGCGUGCUCAUCCACUCUGGUUCCGGAGGAGUGGGCCAGGCUGCCAUCGGCAUUGCGCUUAGCAUGCACUGCAGGGUGCUCACCACCGUGGGUUCCAAAGAGAAGAGGGCCUACCUGCAGGAGCGGUUCCCGCAGUUCACGGCCGAGUCCUUUGCUAACUCAAGAGACGCGUCUUUUGAGCAGCAUGUGCUGAACCACACACAAGGCAGAGGCGUCGAUGUGGUUCUGAACUCCUUGGCUGAGGAGAAGCUGCAGGCAAGCUUGCGCUGUUUGGCCAGGCAUGGGCGCUUCCUGGAGAUCGGCAAAUAUGAUCUGUCAAACAACACCCCUCUAGGCAUGGCUCUGUUCCUGAAGAACGUGGCCUUCCAUGGCAUUCUGUUGGACGCCCUGUUUGAGGAGGGCAACCGCGAGUGGGAGGAGGUGUCGGAGCUGCUGAAGAAGGGCAUAGCCGACGGAGUGGUCCAGCCUCUCCGCACCACUGUGUUCAAGAGGGACCGGGUGGAGGACGCCUUCCGCUACAUGGCGCAGGGCAAGCACAUCGGCAAGGUGUUGCUGCAGGUGCGCUCAGAGGAGGAGCCUGGUAGCAGUUCUGCAGCUGCUCCCCUCGCCCUGCCAGCCAUCUGCCGGACCUUCUGCCCUGCCUCACACUCCUACAUCAUCACGGGGGGCCUGGGAGGCGUCGGCCUAGAGCUAGCCCACUGGCUGGUGGAAAUAGGCGCCCGCAAGCUGGUGCUCACCUCGCGCUCGGGCAUCCGGAAUGGUUAUCAGGCUAAGCGUGUUCGAGAUUGGCAGGCUAUGGGCGUCCAGGUCCUAGUGUCCACCAGCGACGUCAGCACCCAAGAAGGGGCAGAGCGCCUCAUAACUGAAGCCUGCCGAUUGGGCCCUGUGGGUGGCAUCUUCCACCUUGCCAUGGUUUUGAAAGAUGGCAUGCUUGAGAAUCUGACACCAGAGCAGUUUAUUGAGGUCAACAAGCCUAAAUAUGAUGGAACCCUGCACUUGGACAGAGUGACGAGACAUAAGUGUCCUGAGCUGCAGCACUUUGUGGUGUUCUCUUCAGUCAGCUGUGGCCGCAGCAACGCUGGACAGAGCAACUACGGCUUCGCCAACUCCACCAUGGAGCGUGUGUGUGAACAGCGGCAGCUCGACCGCCUGCCCGGCCUGGCCAUCCAGUGGGGCGCCAUUGGCGACGUAGGCGUGGUCUUGGAGACCAUGGGCGGGAACGACGCGGUGAUCGGUGGCACGCUGCCCCAGCGCAUGGCCUCCUGCCUGGAAGUGCUGGACCGCUUCCUGUGCCAGCAUCGGCCGGUGGUGUCCAGCUUUGUGCUGGCAGAGAGGGUGCAGGUGGCGAAGGGAGAUGGCAGCAGGCAGAGGGACCUGGUGGAGGCCGUGGCUCACAUCCUGGGUGUGCGCGAUGUAAGCGGCCUGAAUGCCGACACCUCAUUGGCUGACCUGGGCCUGGACUCGCUCAUGAGCGUGGAGGUAAGGCAGACAUUGGAGAGGGACUAUGACAUCGUCAUGGCAAUGAGAGACAUCCGCCAACUCACCAUCAACAAGCUGCGUGAGCUUUCCUGCAAGUCAGGAGGAGUUGAGGAAGCCAGGGCGGGGCUAGCGAAGCGGCCCGGUGCGCAGGCGCUCCAGGGGCCAGACCUGAGCCUGAUGCUGGUGAACCCGGACGGCCACACCGUGAUGCGGCUGAACGAAGUGCAGAGUGCGGAGAGGCCACUGUUCCUCGUCCACCCCAUAGAGGGCUCCGUCGCCGCCUUCCACGCACUCUCCACCAAACUGAGCGUGCCUUGCUACGGCCUGCAGUGCACCAAAGCUGCUCCAUUGGACAGUAUUCAGAGUCUGGCUGCCUACUAUGUGGAGGGUGUGAAGCGGGUGCAACCGGAGGGGCCAUAUCGUAUCUCUGGCUACUCCUUUGGUGCAUGCGUGGCUUUUGAGAUGUGCUCCCAGCUGCAGCAGAGCCAGUGCGCUGUCGACUACCUCUUUCUCUUCGAUGGCUCCCAUUCGUAUGUGGCGGCAUAUACGCAGAGCUACAGGGCCAAGCUGACCCCAGGCAACGAGUCUGAGGCAGAGACCGAGGCUUUGUGUGCCUUCGUCCAGCAGUUCACCAGCAUAGAGUACAACAAGCUCUUGGAGACGUUGUUACCUAUGACAGACCUGGAGGCUCGAGUGAGCCAGGCGGUGGAUCUCAUCACCUCCACUCGCGAGAACGUCAAUCGUGACUCUCUCCACUUCGCUGCCUCCACGUUCUACUACAAGCUGAAGGCUGCCGACCGCUACAUCCCCACCAGCAAGUACCACGGCAACAUCACCUUGCUGAGAGCCAAGACCAGCAGCGACUACGGCGAUGGCUUGGGGGCCGACUACAAACUACAUGAGGUGUGUGACGGGAAGGUUUCGGUCCAUGUGAUUGAGGGUGAUCAUCGUACUUUCCUGGAAGGAGAGGGAUUGGAGUCCAUCACGGGCAUCAUCCACAGCUCGCUGGCAGAGCCCCGUGUUGGCGCCAGAGAGGGUUAAAGCCCAACCCUUUGCCUAAUGCACUUUCCCAGGGCAGGUCACACCCUCCUGUCAGCAGGGACUAGGAUGUCUGGCCUAGCUCACUCUUAACCCGUAUAACCCUCCUCUCUGAUGAAUAAUACUUUUUUCAAGUCAUUCUCUUCCUCACCAUGAGGUGUGGCGCAUGGUCAUUAUUUUGCUGGAGCAAAACGAUAUCUAACAAAAAGGUUUAAACAUUUUGUCUUUAUUUGAUCUUAUUUUUGUUUGUUUUUUUGUGGAGCAAAAACUGUUACUGUAUUGAAUCUUAAGAAAGCUGGCAAGAUGCUCCAUAGUGGAAAUCAAUAGAGCUUAGAAAAGGUGUGAGUGACACUGGGUAGUGCCUAGAUAAUACAAUCUCCUCUCUACUAAAGAUGAUGAAGCUUGAAGCUCUGUUAAUGUAGUCCUCUCUUGUCAGGCCACCUCACUAACCUCCUGACCCAUAUAUGUGUGUGUUCUAUGCCCUAGAGGCGAACCCCGGCCAGCUCUAAUGACACGCACGAUACGUGACUGACUGCUCUGCCUCACUGCAGCUUAUCAACUAAUCAAGAGUCUCAUGUACAUAGACGAAACCUAGUUACUGUUUCUCACAGUUACCAGUGUUACCACCACCUAUUUUUUGAUAAACCAUGUUUUCUGUAGUUUUAAUAUUGGUAUUUAAUGUCUUGCAAAAAAAAAUCUGGAACAGUUAAAGAAUCACUGGAUGUACAAGGGGAACAUUUCAGUGCUCCAUGGCAGUGUCCAAGCCAAGAUAAUUUAGAAAAUCCUUAAAGAAGAAUGGGACCAUGGAUGGACCAAAUAUUUGAUGUUGUAUUUGAGUGUUGACUGAAAGGGAAGGCAGUAUUGGUUAAAUACACAAAUGUUGGGGGGGGCUUUUGUUUUAACACACUACAACAAAUGCUUCUUCUGUGUUUGGCUAUGUAACUGCAAGAAAAUAACUACAGGUUUUAACUUGUAUUGAGUUUGUGUUCUACUGGAAGACAAUCUCGAAAUUCCUUCAUUCCUCGCAGACUAUUACAAAAUGCAUGUGUUUCCACAAUGUUUAGCAUCUAAUCAAUGGCUUGAAAUAUAAAUGUUUUGCCACUACUUACAGCUGAGUGUGCAGGCAUUGGUAGAUGGACAGUUGUUCUAGUGUAGCAUGUGUCUUCUCAUCGUGGCCAGGUCCACAUGUCUGUGAGAGAUGUUGGCUGGCUGGCUUGCUUGCUUGCUUUUACCAAUGAAGAAUGAGAAUGAAGGGUUUUAUUUGGUAUUGAACUGAAAUGCUGAAUGAACUGAAAUGAGCCCUGAUGGUCUCCCUCUCAGUCACAGUGAAGAAGAGCAGCUCUCUGGAGGUGUCUGAGACUCCUGUUCAAGUCUAUGACGACCCGGAUGCCUUCUUUCAUGUUGUGCACAAAUUAACUGGAUAUUCCUUUUGUUUUUUUAGAAUAUUCAAUAGUUUUGUAUUACUGUGAUUUUGUUCAUGUGUAAUUAUUCAAGUAUUUAUUAUACUAGUCCAAAUAAAGAGCUGUCACUAA